GGCUGUGGUUCUUGGCUUUUGUUCAUCACAGGCAUCGUCUAGGACAGCGGGGAGGAUUAAGGUAACUCUAAAUAAAGCUGGCAGAUUAGGAAACAUGAUACCAGCAGCAUGUUCUCUCUCACUCUGACAGAGUCAUGGAUGGAGAGAGCUGAAGACUUCCUUGGAGACAGGAAGACUAUCCAGGAGAAACCACAUCAAUGAUUUUUAUUCAUGCAGUUACAGAAGAGGACAGUUAAAAUGAAUGUCUGCAUGAUGAAACUCAAUAUGAACAUGUGGACAUAUUCUUUGACUUCAAAUCCUAUAAAAAAGAAAUGCAGCCAUGCAUUGGUCUUCUACAAGAGCACAGCGCCUUAAGCAGCUGCAAAAUGCCUGCAAGGGCAAGUCAGGUGUCACCGCAGGUGCAUCGGCACAACAUUUACACUCUGACGGACAGCUCAGAAUGUGGGUCAGAGCCGGAAGAGGACGCAGACCCUUCUAAGCAUCUAACACCCCUGGAAAAGUUAACACUGGAAAUGUGUAAUGACGAAGAUAUCAUAAAGGAACUGACGGUGGGCAGAAGGGUGGGCUUCUACAAAGUCCGCGGUCAGAUCGGCUGUGGAAACUUUUCGAAGGUCAAACUGGCCAUCCACGCCCUCACCAAAGACAAGGUUGCCAUUAAGAUCAUGGAUAAGAUGAGGCUCGAUCUGCAGACCCAGAGGAUGCUGUCUAAAGAAAUCUCCAACAUGGAGAGAUUGUAUCACCCAAACUUAUUGCAACUCUAUGAAGUACUGGAGACGCCAAGUCGGUUGUACCUGGUUUUGGAGUUCGCCGGAGGAGGAGAUGUCCACACCAGAAUCAGCUCCGGAGGAAAACUCUCUGACCAAGAGAGCAAGAUUGUAUUCGCCCAAAUCCUGUCAGCAGUUAAAUACAUGCAUGAGAACAACAUCAUCCAUCGUGAUCUGAAGGCAGAAAAUGUUCUUUAUACAACCAACUCCUGCAUAAAAGUGGCUGAUUUUGGCUUCAGCACAAGGGUCAACAAUCUCAACCAAGCCCUAGACACCUAUUGCGGUUCUCCUCCUUAUGCAGCUCCAGAACUCUUCAAAGAUGAGUCUUGCAUCGGGCCACCUGUGGAUGUGUGGGCAAUGGGCGUCCUACUUUUUUUCAUGGUGACUGGCACAUUGCCUUUCCGCGCUGACACUGUGGCCAAGUUGCGCCAAAGCGUGCUGGAGGGUGCCUACGUCCUGCCAACCUGGGUAUCAGCUCCAUGUCAGCGGCUGAUCAGGGGGAUCUUGAAGCCAGAACCUUCAGAGCGAUGCGCAAUAGACCAGAUGCUGGGCUGCGAGUGGCUGCUGCCAGUGGAACUCUUCCGGCCAAUUCCUCCCUUAUACCAGCUCAACCCCAUCCAUCUAAUAGAGGCCGGCCCAGGGGAGUUAGACGGAGACCAGGAAGAGGUAAAAGGUAUCCUUGAGAAACUGGGAGUCACUCAGGAACAUAUUCUCAAUAACCAAGGAAAACGCAUUCGCAGUCCCAUUACAGGGGUUUACCGCAUACUACUGCACAGAGUUAAAAGAAACAAUGGAGCCGAGUCUGCACCUAUAAUCAGUGGAGUCGUCAAAGAUCCUAAAAGAGACAGUCUCCGUGCCUACAGGAACCUACUACACUCCUCAAAACUGUGUGUGCUUCUUAAAGGCAUAGUUCAUCCCUUUUAUUCAGUCUUUUUCUCCAUAGUACAAUGAAAG